GAACAGUGGAGUACGAUACCUCUCCUUCGUUCAACUUCUAUUCAGCAAUGGAGAAUUCUUCGACCUAUCUCUUCGGAAAACGUUUCCGCAACCGAUUGUUUGUCGGAGGAUUACCAGUGAAUACUACUGCUCAUGAAUUGGCCAAUUAUUUUUCCAAUUUUGGACAUGUCAUAGAGACCAAAAUUAUCUUUGAUGAAAACAAUGUUUCCAAAGGAUAUGGAUUUGUCACUUUUGCCUCAGAAAAAGAUGUUCAUAAUGUUACAGAGAUGGGAACUUUAUUUUUUCGUAAUAAAAAGCUCAAUUUAGGACCUGCUGUGAAGAAACAGGGACCAAUGUCUCCCGAAUCACCUGAACUUGUGGUGGUCAGCACACAAAUGAAAGGAGACUAUUACUACCCAGUUCCAUCAUAUACAUACUCUGAUGGUCAGUUGUCCCCAGCACCACAGUAUACAUAUCAACACCCAUGUCAGCAGGUUUCCUAUCCACUCCCUCAACCUGGGGGAUAUAUGUAUGUUUAUGAAGAGCAGCCCCCACUGAUGUUCUACCAGCAACAAAUACCUAAUGUGCAGAACAAUCCGCAAGCUCCGUGUCCUCCACAAAAAAUCAACAAGAGGCUACCUCCAAGGAUGAGACGUUCUCGAGAAAACUAAAUUGAGCUACCUUCUGCAUCAGACAGCUUUCCCAGUGCACAUCAUCAUGCACAUCCUGAGCAAAUAUUCCCUUGAAAAACUUUGAGUAGACCCUGCUAUGUUGCAGGCUUGGAUUCAAACCAAGAUCUUGGUAACGAGUGUAUCAUUUAAACAACAUCAAAUCAGAUUAAUUUGAUUCUUAACUUGCACAUGAUACAGAUAUUUUUACAGCUCUUAGACAGCUUUAAAUUUGUGGGGUAAUUUUUAUAUACUUUAAUCUUCCUGAGUGGAAGGGAUAAUUUAGGAAAGGGUUUGAAGGGGGUUUGAGAACUGAAAGGUACCAGCCAUCUCAUAGCAUUCAUACAUCAUACUGACGAAAACUUUUAUUGACAUGAUACUUCAUUAGAAACUUUUAUGCUGUAGAAAUUUCAUUAUGUUUAUGAAGAUCUAAAUGCUCUCUCUGCUUUGCUUGCUUUUAAUAUGUUUCACUGUCAGCCAGUGUUGGUUCCAUCAAACCCCAGACCAAAUACUGCAUCAGAACCUUUUCUGCUGCUGCUUUAGAAAUUUCAUUUUGUAUGAAUAUUUUUGACAGGAAGUUACUAAUGAUUGUAGACUUAAACAGACUUUUACAAGAGCUUUACCUUUUUCUGAAAAAGAAAGCAGAACUGACAGCUUUGGUUAGUAAAAAGGCUCAAGUUUGACUUUCCAUUGUUUACAACAUCUUUUAUACGUUUAAAUAUAUUAUUAUCUAUUUUUGUGUACACUGACAACAUAAGAUGUAAUUUUUUAUUGAUGUGUACAUGUUGUAAUCGUAUUUUAAAAUAUUUAUUUUUUUUAAAUAUAUGGUAAGACAAAUCUGAAAAAGGGAGUUUUUGCAUGAAAGCUAAAUUCCAUGUCCAGCAGAGGAACCUUUGAAACUAGCUUCAAAUUUUACCUGAUUGUAUUAUUUAACUCUUGUAAUUGAAAGCACAGCAUGGCAUGAAAUAAUGACUAUUGAUUUUAACAAGCACCACAAUAUUUGUGUAUAUGUAUCUUUGAUAAUUAAAUCUCUUAAUUGAAAGCGCAGCAUGGCAUGAAAUAAUGACGAUUGAUUUCAAUCAAGUAUCACAAUAUUUGUGUAUGUAUCUUUGAUAAUAUCCAAGUGAUGUAUUUUGCGACACAAACACUUUAAUUUGAAGA